AUGGAUAGAAGAAGCAUAACCCAACAUCUGACAACAAAAGGAGAGGAACAAGGUGGUGCUCAGUUGGAGGGUUUAAGCCAGCUUAGUAGCUGCACCAAAGUAAUGCUGAAACCAAACCAACUUAGAAAUGGGGCAAAACUUAAGUAUAUUGAUGCCAUAUUUGAUUAUGAUUCUCCUGCAUCUGAUGAUGAUGAUUCUCCUGAGUCUGAUGAUGAUGAUUCUCCUGAGUCUGAUGAUGAUGAUUCUCCUGAGUCUGAUGAUGAUGAUUCUCUUGAGUCUGAUGAUGAUGAUUCUCCUGAGUCUGAUGAUGAUGAUUCUCCUGAGUCUGAUGAUGAUGAUUCUCCUGCCUCUGAUGAUGAUGAUUCUCCUGCCUCUGAUGAUGAUGAUUCCCUUCGUCCGAUGAGACCCAAACUGCACAUAAAUAAUAAUAAAAAAUCUGAAUCCACCAAAUGA